AGUUUGACUGCUGAAGCGAUCGCUCGCGUUUUUCCUUUAUACUCGCUACACUUCUUCAAAGAAAGUGACGAUUGGCUACCAAUAGUUUCCCGUUUAUUAGAUCCUCUACAGUUUUUAUUUGUUUCCAUGGAAUUUUGAUUAAUUUAACAUCUGAACGUCAACAAUGUCUCAGCGGAUCCAGUCAUCUUCGCAGCUUUUCAGUACUUGCCAGAUCGUUAUACUGUUGGUGCUUCUAGGCCAAGCGUGUCGAGGAGGAUUGCAGCGACGUCAAGGCGAACCGUCCGAAUAUCCCGACGGUUAUUUUCCGUUUGAGGAAUCUCCGACGAGAACUCCACCUAAAGUGAGGAGACCCCCCUAUGCACAGGCCGAUGUUGAUUGUCCAGGCAUCGAUUCACCUGCGGCUGGAGAUGGAGGUGUUCAAUCCCUGGACAACUUGUGUGGCGAUCUCAACAAAGGCUACAUCCCAAAGAGUCCUUUAGGUCGUAACGUCAAUGGACAUUCCUAUCCUUUCGAGCUCAUCCGCAACAAGACGCUCGACUUCUUCAGUUCUACUUUGCCCAUCCUGAAGGCUGACAAGAACCUGCCUAAAUUGGCCAAAUAUGAAGAUUUCGACGUUGUUGAUAGAAACGACCAACAAAUGUGGAAAUCUAAAAGAAACAAGCGAUACACUGAUGAGGGGUCAGUCACACCGGAAGAAACCGAAGAGAAGAAAGACUUGAGGCGACAGGGAAGGGGCUUGUGCGACAAAAAUUAUGGCAUGUCAGUCAAUUUAAUUUGUACGAUUUUGAAUCUUAUCAAUGGCCGUUUUAUGUCGGCCAUUAACCCACAGGAGAGGAUUGAGAAUCCUGAUCUAUUGCCAUCCAAUAACUAUAACAACAAAAACAACAACCAAAUCGGAGAAGACCCGUUAACUCCUUGUCCUUCAGCGGCAGAAUAUGUCACUCCUGUUUACGCCAAGAAUUAUCAAGGCGUUUGGCGUUACGUGGUUCAGAUCCCCUACGAAGGCUAUUUCACUCAGACCGUUGAAGUAACAAAAUGCUUGAAAAAGAAAUGCCAUUUUAUGGAUGGCUCAUGCCUAGCAUCUCCGCGUUGGGUUAGUCUGUUGGUUGCAGAACUCUUUUACCCUCAUGCUCGUUUCCCCUCUACCAAACCAGGUGCUGCAAGUCAUAGAUCCAUGAGUAAAUCGGUGAUUGGUAGUCUGAAAAGUCUUAUUCCUCCACGUGUGCUACCAAAUCUACCGCCUUAUAUCCCUCGCAGUCUUCCGAUCGUACAGCCUGAAACAGUCGAAGAAAGUACAGAACACGACCAAGUACCACAUGAAGAUGUACCAAAUGAAGAGCAAAUACCAAACAAAGAAGAUGUAGCAAACGAAGAGGAAUUAGAACAAUCAUCUAGGUCUAAGAGGCAAUCAGCGACGGACACGUCAUCCACCACAAAGCAGACCUAUUGUGACGGUGUCGACGAGAUCGGUUGCUAUCAGGUUCGGCUUUACUAUGACUGGCUUCUCGUUCCUGGAAGUUGCAAAUGCUGGAAGCAAGAUUUCUUCACAAAAUAUGGCCGUAAAUAAGCUGAUAAGUCUACGUGUGGGAAACAAAUGUCACUUUAAUAUUUAUUCGUGGAACGGUCCGUCCAUGCGUUAACUUUCUUCGCCUGUUUGCGUCCGACCACAGGAUUUCGUAACUAUGAAAAGAUGUGUUUUCACAUCGUCAUGCUCAUUUUUUUUUCCUUUUUGAAGUUGUGGGUUUUGUUCUUUUUUUUCCCUGUGUCUUAAAAAUACUAGUUGGGAUGAACUAGGUAGGUGAAUGGGCGGCAAUGGAUAAAGAAUGAUGUCUAUGUCCUUACCACUACGAAACGUAUUGGAAUUUCACAGUUGUGCAUGCAAAAACUUUGUAGACGAGCUGAUUAAUCGUGUAUCUGAAGCAUGGGAGACUGUCAUGUAUUUCCUCAAUACAGCACACAUAAUCCACAA